UGUCCACGCUUUUCCUCUGAUUCCCAUAGAUAUUCUAACAAACCAAACAGUGGCUACCAAGAGUUUAAAGUUGUGAGUUUAUUGCAUAUGUAACAAAAAUGAACAUGACCUCCUGGGUCCAGCCUACUAUACAAUCACUGUUUAUUCCAGCUGGUUCCAUAACCACAUUAAAUAGAACUAGUAUUUCUUUAAAUACUUUGAUUUAGACAUAAAAUGAAACAUUAGUGUACAACUUCCACAAAAUAAAUCUGCAAUAAAAACAGUGGGAAGAAUAACAAGGAUAGCAGCAAUACUUAAACAUGACAUUACAAAAUAAUAAAUUAAAAAAAUACAUUAUAAAGUGGUUGAGGAACAACAACAAAACAAAAAAAAAAAAUUAACAGAUUAAAACCAGAUCCAUACUGUGUUUCUGGGAAUUUGCUGUGCCACACGGCCCCAAACCUGGGCACUCCAGAGGGCGCAGUGGCUGGAUCAGUAAUUUACAAAAUCUGUUGGAUUUUAAGAUUUUACAACCACCUCGACUUGAACUGAGGACAAACCGCUGAGCGAGCGCCGACGGCACCGUCUGGAGCUUGGAGCAGCCUUUAGGAGCAGGGUCUUGUCUCACAUAAUGCCCAAGUGAACACUCACACCCAUCCUACAGUCUCGCUUCUUCCCGCCGGAACACACGAGCAGAGUGGUGGUUUCCUACAUCCCUGAGCGUAGAGUAGAGGCAGAGGAGCAGUGGCAGGGCACUGCUGCUGGGGUUUGCCGUGGGACAGGAACGACAGACACGCUGUACCUUGUAUUUCCUUCGGGUCACGUCCGAGAGUAUCCGCGCACGAGCUGGAACGUGGAAUGACAGAAUGGACACGGGACUCCAUGGGAUUCUUUGGGCAAGUUCGAGAAGUAACAACCGAGUUCAAGUGCUGGCAGACCGGGUGGGAAUGGACACACACAUUGAGACCUCUGAGAGCCACUGGUUCAAGCCUUGCUGACUCCUGCUGCCCUUGGAACGGGCACAGGAAGAACAGGCCAUGCCUCCAAAGCCAUUCUUGCUGUUCCUCCAUCCACCCAACCAGCUGUAAGGCCUGCCUCAAAUGCACGUACAGAAGAAGACAAAAAAAUGUCUUUUGUCAUCACUGAAGUGGCACAAAAUUGCAAAGACAACACGACGGGAGAGGUGGUGAAGCUGUUGAAAAGAGAACUGAAAUAAUUGAAAAGACAGUGCCCUAUUCUCGUUACUGUCAGCACGGAGGAGGUACCUUGACAAGGGCUUUUAAAUACAGCAAAAAACAGACGGACUUUUCCAAACAACAAUCCUUGCCUAUUCUUAUUUUGUGCAUUCAAUAAAACACUGACCUAGCAAAGACAUUAGGAACUAUCUUAUGUCAACUGGGUUGUUGACAUAAAGCUACUUGACCUAUAGAUCUCCAAAUCAGGGGCCUUUCCCUUCACCUCGCUUGGUUUGUACUGAGCCAGUUGUGCUGCAGGUGUGACAGGAUUUUUAUUGGGGGUGGGCUUUAGUAUCUGGGUUUAGGUUUUAUUUUUAACACUUUUUUUUAGGGAAAAAUCCACAUGAGACUGCAUGCAAAGCUUUUGGGCAAUAAUCCAUUUUGCAUUUUUCCUAUCUGACUGGUUUAUUGCACAUUCAAACGUACUGAAAGGAUUAAAUACACUCUAUGAACAGCUUUGACUUCAAAGCAAUUUGGAAAAUCCAGGGUUGUGGGGAUUCUGCUACUCAGCCUGGGACUGAUGGAUGCUGUUUGUCAACUGUUGCACAUCCCAACAACCAGAACUGCAGAAACUGGUCUCCAAGUGCCAAAAGAUCCCUACAGAACAUGGGGCUGAAAAUGCCUCUCCUGUACAGUCCUGCAGGAUGAGCAUCUUUAGCCACCCUGUGCAAAUCUCACAAUAUGGUACAAUUUUACACCUCCAGUGAGACUCCUGACAACAAAUCACAAGAAUUAUGGUCAAUUGCAAAAAGAAAACCACAAAAAAACCUCCAAAAACAAACAAACAAAAAAAGAACAGAGAAAGAUGCCAGGGUUUUGACAAGUGUCUACUUUCUGUCCUAUCACAGUUUAAAGCUAUUACCAAAUUCAAUUUAAAAAAAGACAAAAUAUAAGUAUUCCAGUAGACAUCUCCUAAGGACAGUCUCUUACCCACAGCUGAAUUUCAAUGCACUAUUCCAUAAACAUAACAUCUGUUAAGUGUUUCAGUCAAGAAUCUCUCUAAAAAUCAGGCUUGCCAAAGAAAAAAAAUCCUAUACAAGCAAGUCUGCUUAAGUUUAGUCAUAUCUGAUAGAUAAAUGGGUCUCUCUGAAGCCAUGUUAUUUGUUAAAAUACUGCCUCAUCUUGGUGUGCAAACUGGAAAAAUGUUAGUGAUUCAGUGUUUUAGGUUACAAUGGAAGGUGUAACCAGAAGUAUGUAUUCUAACAUCAUCUGUUAAAACCAAGUGGGGCAGUGUUCUUAUCUCUUCCUUUGUCUUGAUCUUAUCUCUUCUUUUUGUCUACAUGACACCCCCUGAUAACUCCCUCCAGGGGGAUAAUCUCCUGCUAAUGGGCCAUCAAGCCUCCCUGCAUGACUGAUAAAAUUCCAUCAUCCCAUUGUGAGAUGCUCCACCCAGCAGGAGGAGCCAAGCAUUCCUACCUGGAUAUAAUCUGAGUUAUGGAACACCACAGCAGCCCUUACCUCCUGCAUUCCCAGAGGACAGGAGCUACAUAACCACCUUCAGAAGAAGACCAGACCCUUCUACAGGAUCACUGCUUCAAGAGAACCACAGGACUGCAGCCAGCACUGACUUGGACUGCCACCACCCCCUGACCAACAGCUCCUAUCCUGACUCUGUCCCCAGCUCACCAUGGCGUCAGGCAGUGGCACCAAGAACCUCGAGUUCCGCCGGAAAUGGGACAAGGAUGAAUACGAGAAACUCGCAGAGAAGCGGCUCGCGGAGGAGAGAGAAAAGAAAGAUGGCAAAGCAGCUCAGCCUGUCACGAGGGAACUCCUGCGGCACCGCCACUACAAAGUGGAUCUGGAAUCCAAGCUGGGCAAAACCACUUUCAUCACCAAAAGUACCCCUCAGUCAGAGAUGGGAGGGUAUUACUGUAACGUAUGUGACUGUGUGGUGAAAGAUUCCAUUAACUUCUUGGAUCACAUCAAUGGCAAAAAGCACCAGAGGAAUCUGGGCAUGUCCAUGCGGGUGGAGCGCUCCACGCUGGACCAGGUGAAGAAACGGUUUGAGGAGAACAAGAAGAAGAUGGAGGAGAAGAAGAAGGACUAUAACUUUGAGGAGAGGAUGAAGGAACUCCGUGAGGAGGAGGAGAAGGCCAAAGCCUACAAGAAGGAGAAACAGAGAGAGAAGAAGAGGCGGGCAGAGGAAGAUGUGACCUUUGAAGAGAAUGAUGAAAUGGCAGCUGUGAUGGGUUUCUCUGGUUUCAGCUCAACCAAAAAGAACCACUGAGCAGCUCCAGACUCUCUUUCUCUACAGGGAACUCUGGAUAACUAUUCAAAGACUUGAUGGAGGACUUGCAUGUAAAUCUCUCAGCAGAAGUUGGCUGGAAGAGUUGUAAAGCUAUUCCAUGCUCUGUCUGUGCUGCAGAUCAAGCUCUGCCCCUCAUUAGUUUCCCUUCUCCUUCUGUGUACUAGAUCUGGCUGCUCAGCUGCUCUGUGGCUGUGUGGGUGCAGGGAAGGGCUCUGUUGGGUACAUUUUUUUGUCAAUAAAGUACAGUCAUUCUGCACAUGUGGCCUGGUUCCUUUUCUUUGUGUUUUAUGCCAUAAUUUCGGUAUCUUCAGGGUAGGGGUGAAAUUUUUCCCCAUGACUGGUCUAGGAAAGAGCCAAUGAAAAAAAGGUGUGUACAGUUUGCCAGAAAUAAAAGGAAUGUUUUAUUGGGCCCAUGAUGCCUCUGGUCAACAGGGACAAGAUGCAAUGUACCAAUGGGCUCAUGACUGAGGGGUGCACUUGACCAUGGGCAGUAUCUCAUGGGUCAUUCACAGCUGUGAGACCUGUGCUGUAAUCAAACAGCCAAGUGGGUGGAACCUCUGUAGUGCAGUGGAUGAUGGUCAAAGUACAGGUAUGGGGAAGCCUGGCAGAUUGACUGCAUCACCCUUCCCAAACCCACCAAGGCAAGCACUACGUUCUGACCAAGAUGGAAGCCACCACUGGAUGGUUGGAGACCUACCCUGUGCCUCAUGCUACUGCCCA